AUGGCAGUCGCAAAAGGCCGAAAUUCCUCUAUUGCAAGGCGGCACCAGGGGGGAACCGAUGGGUUGGUGCUGGCGAUGGAGAUGAGGCUGAGGGCGCUGGAAGGGCAGCUGGAGGAGACACGGAGGGGAUGGAAGGAUGCUGAGAGCAGAAGGGCAAAAGAGAUCAUUCUAGUGAGAGGGAUAAUGCGAGGGGAGCUGGUGGCGGUAAAGGAGGAACUGGUUACUGUAAGGGGAGAGCUCUCGACAAUGAAGGGAGAGCUGGCGACAGUAAAGGGAGAGCUAGGGACAGUAAAGGGAGAGAUGGUGACAGUAAAGGGAGAGCUGGCGACAGUGAAGGGUGAGCUGGCGACAGUGAAGGGUGAGUUGGCGACAGUGAAGGGUGAGCUGGCGACAGUGAAGGGUGAGCUGGCGACAGUGAAAGUGGCGCUGGAAACAGUAAAGGGAGAGCUGGAAACAGUGGAAGGAGCGUUUAUGGAAGUGAAAAAGAAGAUGUUAGAACAGCAGGACUGCUUGCAGAAAGUGGAGGAGGAAACGGUGGGCGUGGAAGGGGAGGUGCCGGGAAAAGAGCGAAUUUGA